CGCUCGUGUGCGUCUGCGGCGGGCGCCAUCUUGGCCGUUUGCACUCCUCUUGCUUUCCCACCCUAUCCGUCCGUCCGUCCCUCCGCUCUCUCUCUCUCUCUCUCUCUUUGAUCCCAACACGUCGUAGGUUUUGGGGGGAGGAAAAGCGGGAAAGAAAAGAGGCGGACGGAGAGAGAACAUUUUCUCGGUUUAUAUGUGUGUGUGUAUAUAUAUAUAUAUAUAGAGAGAGAGAGAGUGAUACAGUAAAAGAAAGCGCGAGAGGGAGCCGGAGGCCCCACGGAGAGGGUGGGCGAGGGCUGGACGCCGUCGUCGUCGUCGCCGCCGCCGGUUGGAGUUGGAGGAGGUGGGGGGGCGACGAGAGCAGUAUUGUUCAGCCAGGCACAUUACAGCACGUUUUCUGCUAAGAUAUAAGAUCGCUCAAACAAUAUGGCAGAUAAACUAACCCGAAUUGCUAUCGUCAGCCAUGAUAAGUGUAAACCCAAGAAAUGCCGCCAGGAAUGCAAGAAAAGCUGUCCUGUUGUUCGGAUGGGAAAGCUGUGUAUUGAAGUUACUGCUCAGAGUAAGAUAGCCUGGAUUUCAGAAACACUCUGUAUUGGAUGUGGUAUUUGCAUUAAGAAAUGUCCUUUUGGAGCUUUGUCAAUUGUUAAUCUGCCAAGCAAUUUAGCUAAAGAGACUACACAUAGAUAUUGUGCAAACUCCUUCAAGCUUCACAGGUUGCCUAUUCCUCGUCCUGGUGAAGUUCUGGGUUUAGUGGGAACAAAUGGUAUUGGAAAAUCUACAGCUCUGAAGAUCCUAGCAGGAAAGCAAAAGCCAAACCUAGGAAAAUAUGAUGAUCCUCCUGACUGGCAAGAGAUUCUGACUUACUUCAGAGGUUCUGAGCUACAGAACUAUUUUACUAAAAUUCUAGAAGAUGACCUGAAGGCCAUUAUUAAACCCCAAUACGUGGACCAGAUCCCAAAGGCUGUGAAGGGCACCGUGGGUUCCAUUUUGGACAGAAAAGAUGAGACCAAUACACAGAAAACCAUUUGUGCACUUCUUGAUCUGACUCAUUUAAGGGAGAGGAAUGUUGAAGACCUCUCUGGGGGAGAGCUGCAGAGAUUUGCGUGUGCUGUGGUGUGCAUUCAGAGAGCAGACAUUUUCAUGUUUGACGAGCCCUCCAGUUAUCUAGAUGUUAAGCAGCGUUUGAAGGCUGCCAUUACAAUUCGCUCCCUUAUAAACCCAGACAGGUAUAUCAUAGUAGUGGAGCAUGAUCUGAGUGUGCUCGACUACCUUUCUGACUUCAUUUGCUGUUUGUAUGGUGUGCCAAGUGCAUAUGGUGUUGUCACUAUGCCCUUCAGCGUACGAGAAGGGAUCAAUAUAUUUUUGGACGGGUAUGUGCCAACGGAAAACUUGAGAUUUCGAGACGCUUCUCUGAUUUUCAAGGUAGCUGAAACAGCCAACGAGGAAGAAAUCAAGAAAAUGUGCAGAUACCAUUAUCCCCGAAUGAGAAAGAAAAUGGGCGAGUUUGAACUGGAGAUUGCAGCUGGAGAAUUCACAGAUUCUGAAAUCAUGGUGAUGCUUGGAGAAAAUGGGACCGGGAAGACUACAUUCAUCAGAAUGCUAGCUGGAAGAUUGAAGCCUGACGAAGGAGGUGAAGUGCCUGUUCUAAAUGUCAGCUACAAGCCGCAGAAAAUCAGCCCCAAGUCUCAAGGAAGUGUUCGUCAGCUGCUCCAUGAAAAGAUCCGUGAUGCCUACACUCAUCCACAGUUUGUGACUGAUGUCAUGAAACCACUUCAGAUUGAAAGUAUAAUUGAUCAGGAGGUCCAGAAUCUGUCUGGAGGUGAAUUGCAACGAGUGGCACUGGCUCUUUGCCUGGGUAAACCUGCAGAUGUCUACCUGAUUGAUGAACCAUCUGCGUACUUGGACUCUGAGCAGCGUCUAAUGGCUGGAAGGGUAAUCAAGCGCUUCAUCCUUCAUGCUAAGAAAACUGCCUUUGUUGUUGAACAUGACUUUAUAAUGGCGACCUAUCUGGCUGACCGUGUGAUCGUGUUUGAUGGAGUGCCAUCUCGGGACACCUUAGCUAAUGCCCCACAGUCACUGCUUGCUGGAAUGAAUAAAUUCUUGUCUCAGCUGGAAAUCACUUUCCGAAGAGACCCAAAUAAUUUCAGACCGAGGAUCAAUAAAAUGAACUCUAUCAAGGAUGUGGAGCAAAAGAAGAGCGGAAACUACUUUUUCUUGGAUGACUAAAUUUGUUUUUGUGAAUCCGGUUUGCCACAUUUAUAACGAGAAGCAAUUACAUUGAACACUGACAGGUUACAUCUUGCUUUUUCUCUGUUAUAAUCAACAUCUACAAAACAAAUGCUUUCUGUUUAACUUCAUGUCACUCUGAAUUUUUGUAGCUAAUUGGUAUAAAAUGGUGAAAUUGUGGCUUGUCGCAAUUACAUUUAUUUAUUCAUGGCAAAAAUGUGACUGCGGGAGACAAGACGUAAGUGCUACAAAUGGUCAACAAUAACCAUGUACUGAAAACUGACCAGAGGAAUUGUGGAACACUUGGGAAGAAAAAAAACAAAUUCUGCUUUUAUUAUGUUUGUUUCAUUGACAAUAAUUGGAUUUUUGAUGAGUAAACUUAUUUGCAAGCAAAGCAUCCUGUUACCAAUAUUAAAUCAUAAAAACAA